AAUGAAUCCACACAGCAGCCCGUUAAUGCAUCGAUAAUACGUUUGAAAAUAAAUGCUGAUGAGCGACGAAAUAACUAAAACCUGUCGUAAUAUUUUAAAAAUUGUAAAAGAAAUCCCAUCAUUGCAUUCAUGUAUUCACAUUUCUCAUAGAGUUUUCAUAUCGUAAGGUUCCCUAACAGUAGCGACGUUCCCGAGAUACCACAUGACCGCGCUUUGCUGUGCUCGUACACAGCUGACAGAGGGGGUGGUGCUCUAUCCAGUUCUUCUAACGCGUCCAUGGUGUGUAUGCUCGUUUUUAUUACAGGGGCGGUUGAAGUGGGCGGAGCUCUUGACUUUCUUUCAGACUGGUGCAAUAUUCGUACUCUGACGGUGUUGAUAACAAACUGUCGCAGCGACCACGUGCGGAAACACAGAACCACGAAGUGAGGACUCGUGUGAACGUGGUUGUGCUGACGAUUUUAUUUGGUGUUGGUUGAAAUCGUCAGACUAAUCAGGUUCAAACUACAUCGGGAUCAGUUUGCUCUUCAGUCGUAGCGCACAAGAGGGAGCGGCACCUGCGUCGAUGGCAGGUAAAGGCUGUCUGGUAACCAGGAUCUGGUGAUGGAGGAGGAGAAUUCCACGCCUGAUGCUGUUGGUCUCAGUUGGUGUGACUCCUCCCCCCUGCUGUGGAGGAUCGAGGACCUGAAGUGGUUCCGGUCUCAGGGUCUGGUGGGUGCUCUACUGGGGUCUCUGCCCAGGACACCGCGGCAGAAUGGACGAAUGGGACGACCACUGCUGCUGCUGCCAGAAGAGGAGCGUCUGCUGACUGAGCGCUGUGCCGCUGCUGCACUACCUACUACUGCUAAACACUGUGCUGUAGAAGGGGCGGAUGUUCAUCAGUGUGUAAAGCACUAUGAGGCAGAGCAGCAGCAGAGUUAUGAGGAGCAGAGGGUUCUCGCACUGGAGGACAGGAAGUCUGCACUGCUCCGGGCGAUGACCUCAUCACACACAGACCCCCAGACCUCCGACGAGGCCCUGCAGCGCCGCCUGGAGGCCCUGGACUGCAGCUUUACUUUCCCUCGGUCUGCGCUUGCGGUCCAGCUGAGCACAGCGAGGGUGGGGCUAACUUACUGCCAUGAGGACCGGGCCUUCCUGCAGGCCAAUUGGCCAAUCAGGAAACAGGACAACCCGCGUUGUGAUGUCAGGUAUCAGGUGUUCAGGGACCUGAGGGGACGGGGCUUCUACCUGACAUCAGCAGGGAAGUUUGGAGGAGACUUCCUUGUUUACCCAGGUGAUCCUCUUCGUUUCCAUGCCCACUUCAUCGCCGUCUGUCUGUCCCUGGACGAAUCUGUGUGUCUGCUGGAUGUCCUCGCUGUGGCGCGUCUGGGCUCUAACGUGAAAAAGACGGUGCUACUGUGCUCUGCAGCGACGGACGGUACAGUGCUGUACACGUCGCUGCAGUGGAGUGGGAUGGUGUGAAGACACGGAGCUGGACACUGAGGUCCUGACCUGUCCACCUAUCUUGCUUGUCCUCAGUGGUUAAUGGUACAAACUGUAAGAGGAGACAAAAAUGACUUGGACCAGGGUCGCUUGCUGGUCUAUGUCUGGAACAAAGUCCUACCUCUUUGUCCACACUCCAGAUCUGGAGCCAGGUUUUGCAGGACAGGAUCAGAGAAGAAGUGGAGACAUAAGUGUGUCCAGCAGAGGGUACACUUCACAUUUGUCCACCCGAGGACAGAAGAAUGUCAUGAUUGGGUGUCUCAAAACCAUGAAACUUAAAACAAUAUAAGCAUCCCUUUAUCCAAAUGUAGACUGUUAUAUUUAACAUAUGGUUUAUUCAUUUCAUUAUUAAAAACACAUGUUAAUGGAAUUAACUUGAUAUUGUCAUAUUUGAAGCGUAAACAUGGACAAGUCAAGUCUGAGAUUUACUGUUUUUUUUGCUAUAGUGUAUAAAUCAUUCAUUCAUUCAUUCAUUCAUUCAACAAUGAGUGAAACAACACAAUAAACAAAGUCAAAGUUGAAA